AAUUCAUCUAAAAGCGGUGGAAAAGCGAAAGACAGCCGUCGAUUCUGAACUGUUCAAACCAUCCUAUCGUCAAGAUGUCAAUGCACCUUCCCCUCCAACGAAUCGGCACCACGAAACUCUCUUCGACCACAACCACGUACAUCUGCUCACAAUGCAGACACGCAACGCUCCUCCGGCGCCCUAAACGGCCCUACACAUUCACCCAGCUCAUAACUCUUUCCGACGGGAGCACAUAUACCCACCGCACCACUUCUCCACAAGCAGUUUACCGUUCCACACGCGACACACGCAAUGCGCCGCUCUGGAACCCGUCCAGCGAAAAACUACUCAAUAUCGAAGAAGACGAGGCCGGCAGGCUCAGAGCGUUCAGAAAUAGGUUCGGAAGAGGGUGGGAUGCGGCCAAUACAGUUUCUUCGGAUGCAGCGGCUGCCGGCGAGAAGCCCCAGCCUGGGAAGGAUGUAGCACAGAACGCCGCUAUGGAAGAGAUGGAAGAUGAAGAUGAUAAUCUGUUGGAUUUGAUUAGUUCGUUUGGGCAGGAGGAUGCACAAUCCAAGCCUACGAAAAAGUGAUGAGACGCUUGAUUGGGUUUGAGUCGGUCGGUUUAUACUCAUUUGCGAGAAUGAGGACGGAGACGCGAAAAGCUCAUUUUGUUCUUCGGCGAACGGUUGGAUUGUACGAAUAUGGAGCCGGGAUUUUAUGUGAUGCUGCUUGCUGCCUUUUUCAUAAUAGAUUCGAUGGAGCUUUUCUAUCAGCAUACUCGAAAAUAUCAUUUUUACUUGUACAAAUAGAUAACACAUUUGAGGACCCUAUAGAAUAUUAUCUGAAUUCAGUAGG